GCCUCUGAAAUUUUAAAGGGAAUCACUUCUCAUACAGUCAUUCUGCAUCAUUUUCCAAAAUAUGGGACCCCUUUUCGGCCCAUAUUUCGAACCAGAAUCUUUAUAAAACAUGUCUAACUCUCAAGGAGUAUCUGCAAGUCCCAACAGGGGCACGCCGAAACCAUCAGCAUCUGGAGCGUCCCUUCGCAAAGCAUGCGAGCAAUGUCGCUCCCGCAAGAUCCGAUGUGACGGAAAUUGCCCAUGUACACAGUGUCUCCAGAUAAACAUUGCUUGCAAUAAAGCAGGCAGGCAACCCAGAGCAAAGGCUCAAAUCCCUGCAACAGUGUCUGCUAGAUACAAAGAAAAAAUCGACCUCAUAGAUCAUCGGCUCGACGACAUCACUCGGCUCCUGCACGAUAUCAGCACCAGUAUCCCCGCCUUGAAUACUCAACCAAUCCAAUCGACAUCUAGCUACGGCAACCAAGCUAAUAAUACAGCUCAAUCUUUGUCAUCUGCAGAUUUUAAUAGGGCUACUAAGUCGACUGUAAAUAACACAGACCCGGAGAUCGAGCACUCGCUAGCCGUCCACUAUGACUUCGCCAAUGACUUCUUUCACAAGAAGUCCGGCAUUAAUCGACUGACAGACUCUAACCAUGAUGUCAAAGAGGCAUUAGAAUCGCUUCAUUGUGUCAUUAAAACAAUGAAACUUGGUCUGUGGAAGCACCAGGCAUCAUUUCCCGUGGCAAAGCAAGUCACUCGACCAUCCUUACCGAAGUGCGAGUUACCGCCAAUUGAAGAGGUAGUAGAGCUUAUACGUACCGCAAAAGACCACCACUCGUCAAACCCUCUCAACACAGUGACAUGGGUUAGCGAUUUUUUCCCCCUCGAGUCUUUCUCGUACAUGUGCUUGAGGGUCUACUUUUCUGAAGAUGCCUCAGAAUGUGACCGCAUCAUUGCCAACUAUGGUCUGCUCGAGCUAUUUACCGCACGAUCACAACUUGAGACAGAGGACCCAGGUCAAAGCCAACAAUAUGCUCUCAUGUGCCGUGCUAAUCUUGAGUCGGCUCUGGCUGACUUGCCGCUUUAUCUCCCGGCAACCGCAGAAAUGGCCGUUGCUUUACUAUUAGGGGCAAUCCAUACUAUGCAAAUUUCGAAGCCGCUUUUGGCCUUUAGCUUAUCUUCCAAGGCAUUAGAGCUAUGUCAAACGCUUGGCUAUCACCAACUUUCCCCUUCGCAAGAUGGUACAGUCUCUGAUGACGUGAAAACAAAACAGUUGUUAUUUUGGAUGACAUACCUUAUGGAAAAGAGUCUAUCGCUACGUGUAGGUCGCUCUUCGGCUACCCAGGACUGGGACAUCACCACGCCCAUGCUUUCCUUACAUGAGGGCCCUUCGUCUCUGGACGCAUCAGUCGCACUGUGGAUCGAUACUGCUCGAUGCCAAGGCAAUAUCUAUAAGCAGUUAUACAGCCCCGAAGCCCUGGCUCAGCCCCCUGAUGUCCGACAAUCUCGAGUCGAGGUUCUUUCGACCGAGCUCUAUCGGCUCGAUAAAAAGUCUCGAGAAAUAAGUGACCAUCACCUGCAGCAUGCGAGAGACAAGUUCGGCCAAAGCAUGAUCGAAUUUCUCACACUUUCUGACGACGUGAUGCGCGCCUCGCUUCUCACUCUUGUAUAUCGGGCUAGCCCACCCCCUAAGGAACCCCCGUCAGCACUCACUCGAUCCUGCGUUGAAGCGGCGAGGAUGACGAUGCAACGGCAUCAUGAGUUCCUCGUAACUUUCAAGGAUAUAAAUCCACUCUAUCUAUCAACAUAUGUUCACUGGACUCUAAACUUUUCUCCCUUUAUUCCUUUCAUUGUUCUAGUUUGCCACGUCAUAGAACAUUGCGAUAAAGGAGAUCUUGAGCGACUACACGACUAUAUCACGUCCAUGGAAUCCAAUUCGGUCCUUGUGGAGGCUGCAGGAAGGAUGCAUCCUCUGUUCAAAGCACUUUACGAAGUUGCUUUACGUUAUGUUGAAUGCUCCCCGUCAUCACAUGACCCAACCUAUGCAGAGCGAAACCCGAUGCUGGACCAUCUAACGAGCUUGAGCUUCCCAUUCUCGGGUCAGGUCAAUCCAUCUGAGUGGAAUCUUGGGAUCAGCUCACAGUCUGUGCAGGCUGGUGGCAGUAGUGGGAUGCUUGCGCAGGAGCCAGAAAGCAUGUAUUCAGAGGUUUGGUCAUCCAAUACUGACGCAUUGGAGCAAUGGCUAGGAGAAAGUCAACAUAUCAUAGAUAUGUUCGAGGAGUCUCCCCCCACGUUUCCGGGGCCAUCUUAGUACUGUAAAUGUGGGUACUGCAAUCUAGAUUGUCAAUUAUGAUGGAACGGUUCACGAAUUUAUCAUACACGACAACUCAGGAUCUUGAAAUCGGACGCUUGACCCAACCAA